CGAGCGCCGACGGCGGCGUCCGCGUGUGGGGUGCGGAGCGGUGGCAGCCGCUCGGGGAGCCGCAGGCCGCGGGCGGCGGCGAGGCGGCGGUGGCCCUGGCGUGGGGCGACGGCCCCUCGGCCUGCGCGCUCGCCGCGGUCUGCCCCGGGGGGACAGUGCUGGUGUGGCGGGAGGCCGCGCCGCAGCAGUGGCAGUUGGCCCACCGCUGCGCCGUGCGCGGGCCCGCCGCCGCGCUGGCUUUCGCGUCCAGCCACUACGGCUGCGAGCUGGCCGUGGGCGGCGGCGGCGGCGAGGUCGUGGUGCUGACGCGGCGGGAGACCGCUGGCAGAUCGAUCCAGCCGGCCGGCGAGCAGUGGCAGAGGAGGGCAUUCGUGGCUCACGACGGCGAUGUCCUCGCGCUCAGCUGGGCCCCGAGCACCAGCCCGGCGACCAUGGCCGCCGGGCCAGCGGCGGCCCGCGCCGCGCUGCAUGGGCCCCGGCGCAUGGUCACCGCCGGGGCAGACCGGAGGGUGCGGGUGUGGCGGUACGACGAGAAGGCCGGCUCCUGGAGCAUGGCCCAGGAGCUUUGCGACGGCCUUGGUAGUCAGGUGAUCCGCAGCGUCACGUGGCGACCCAACAUGGGCAUCCCCGCCAGCCUGGUCGCCGCGUGCACGGAGGAGGGUACCGUGACCACGUGGGUACAGGACAUGGAGGGGCAGGCCUGGAGGCAGCAGCUCUCCUGGCAGGUGCCCGGGCCUGCCCGGCGGCUGGCGUGGUCCGAGGCCGGGACGCUGCUCGCAGUGGCUGUCGGCGAGGCUGGAGGACUGCUCUUCAAGGA